AUUUUGAGGUCUUUUGCAUCACUUGCGCGCUGCAGAAAAAAGCAACAGUUGCGAGCUCGAGGAAGAGCAUUCCGAAAGCGUCCGAAGCUCGCCGCGAUGACGCGGCCGCGAGCGUAGCCUUCAGCAUUUCCCAGGUUUGUUCUUCAAAAGCGCUCGCAAGUGCGUGAAGCCGACGAGAACGCGACGACUGACGUUUCGUGCUGAGACGGAAGCAGCGAACGGCCCAUUACUUCCGGUACCAUCUAGCACCGUCUGCUCACAGCUCAAGAUGGAGACUGAUGUUGCGUUGCUGUUGGGAAUCAUCGUUGUACUGAUUCUACUCUUGUUGACGCUGCUAGGCUUUCUCGGCUACUGUGGCCUGUUCGCGCCGAUAGACAUUAAGGCCGAGAAGCCGCCCUUCCAGGAGUUGAAUGUGGCGUACAAGUUCUGCCGCGGCUCGUACAAAAAUUCGGGCGCGCUCUUCACCGAAGCUCACAGCAUCGCGCCCACCCUGAAAUGCAUCGGUGUCUACUACGACGACCCAAGCGAGGUUGACGUGCCGCGCCUACGCUACCUCGUGGGUGUGGUGCUGAACGACAGCGACCGGCCGGCCACCAAAGAGGUCAAGGAGCAGCUGGAAGCUGAAGGCUUUAAGACUGUCAGCUUCCCAGCCGUCGAUCAUGCUGUCACCACUGUGUUCCCGUUCCGCGGCUCAGUCUCUGUGAUGAUCGCCAUGGCCCGUGUCUACCCUAAGCUCAGAGAGUACAUCAAGGAGAAGCUGCUGUGCGCACGGCCUAUGAUGGAGAUCUACGAGGACGAGCGGGUGCUGUUUGUUUGCCCACUUUCGAAGCAAGACGAGUUCUACGUCGAGGAAGCCACAGAGGACCCCGAAGAGGGUGCCACAUCUGACCCUGGCACCACUACCGCUUCCGAAGAGGAUCACGGUGAGGAUGAGGAUGAAGAGGAGGAAGAGCCACCAUCUCUACCCACGAGCCAACCGGCAUCGAGCAAUGGCAAUGGCGGCAAUGGAAACACAGAGGAAAGUGACCACGAGCGUGGCUCUCGCAGCAGCACCACGUCCUCCUUCGAAGAGCUGCGCCUCGAGACUGCAUCUAACUAGGCACUGCUCUUCUCGGGCCUCACCAUGUUCUUCCCCUCCCAAUUGUCCUUCUUCCCCGGUGUUGCACGUGGGACGUACACUGCAUGCCCUUCUGCAAGUGCACAAUGCUGCCACCUCUCUUUCCUCCAUCCCAGGGCUUGAACCUCAAGUUGUUGUUUUGAGGUGUGCACGCAGUUAUAGUUGAGGUGUUCGUUGAAGGAGCCUGCUCUAUUGGAAGGGUGUCUGAGGGAAUCUGAAGCAAUGCUAAAUGUAGUCAUAAGUCAUGCCUAUUUGGUAGUAAUAGUCGGCAUGCUCCAUUACAUCAGCAAACAUACUAUUAGAUUACUACAGGAUCCACUAAUUGGCAUCCAGCAUUGUUUUUAACUGGAGACUGGAUUGGGUAUUUCUUUUCAAGCUCUGUUCCUGUUUCCCAAAGGUUUGCUGUCUGAAUCGUCAGAAUAGUGAGCCACCUGUCUGAAGAUGACAUGCGCUGUUGUGCUGCAUUCUUCACCUUCUGUGUCAUACAAAGUGAAUAUAUGCAAGUCUUCAAGCACGUUGAACUCUGUGAAGGAGUAUGCUGUUGAAUGCAUCAUAACAAUGUCUAGUUUGUGCGGUCCAAGGCACAUUGGUGAGCCGUAUUUGAAAUGAAUACAGAGUUCUGUUCAUGGCACUAUUGAAAGUCUGGUAGAGGACUAUAGUAUUCAAAGUAUGUUGGUAGACUAGUGAACAGCAUGGCAUCAUCAAUUGGAAGCACAUCCAUUUACACCUGGCAAUCAGGGCAUGGCUUAUCAUCUUCCAAAUGUUCAUAAUUCAGUGGUAAAGGCACGACUGCAUGUAAGAGGAUAAUGACCUGUGUUCGAAAUUGGCGAUGUGCUGUUGGGUAAUGCCAUAUCCGAAGUGUAUCUGAAGUAGGUCCCACAUCAUAACAAUUUUCUCAGGUCUGCAUUCAAGCUUCUUUCCUGUCACAAAGGAAAGAGAGGAAGAGAGUACAUUUGUGACUUGCAUUGUAGUUCCAGUGACCCGUAAAACACCACCGCACAGGACUCCACAACGGGCAGGAUCCUUGCAGUGAACAGGAUCCUCGCAGAAAAAUUGUCUGCAGUGAGGACGAGAUUCUGUUGGUAAGGAAAUAAGACCAGCUUUUUUUUUUUAUCUAUGGAAAAAGCUCCCACGUUUCUUGUACAGGUGUAGCAUUGGAAAGAGAGUUAAGAAGGGAAGAAGCAUGUUCCAAUAACUUCCAAUUGACUGUUGCGCAAGUGUCCAGCUGUAUCUUCCGUAUUAUCCACCCCGUUUACUCGAGCCACUUCUGGAUUUUUGUGGCACCGUCAAGCGUUUGGGACUGUCGGACAUACAUUUAUGUAUACGGAAACUGUGCGGGGUCGACUUGGACUGGACCUUCUGAUUAGUUUGGUAGGUUCAGCGAAACUUUUACUCUCUAGUCCAGCCUUUUGAGGGAAACCACAGAUAGGAACGAGUCGGCCUUGUCCCAGGACAGAGUGCCGUUUUUGUUUCGGUUGUUGGUGACCUUUCAAGAGUUCUUUUUUUAUUUCUUUUUUUAGACCACAUCUUGCAAAAUUGCCGCAUUGUACUCUUUAAGCAAAAGUACUACUGUGACAUUGUAGUGUGUCUCGUUCAGUACUAUGUGCCGCCUUCCUAGCAGUGUUGUGUGCUUGCCAUAGAAGCAUGAUUUUAAGACGGGCGGUUGUAAGCUACACCCUCUGCAAGUUGCCGUCACUGGUUUGACGUCCUCUUGCUUUUCAGUUUUGUUGGGCAUUUACCCGUUGCUUUUGACUCGUACUUUCAAAAUAACAACUCUUAGUCUUCCUUCUAUGCUGUAUGAAGCUGCGCUGUUGCAGCAGUACUUUGAAGUGACUGGCAGGUCCUUGACAGCGCUGCAAGCAGCAGCAUGUCGUUGAGGUGUAGCAAAUAGCUACAAAGUGGAAAGGCAGCAAAAUUGCAUUGAAAUAAAAUGGAAGCAGCUUUUGUUUGCAUUUCUGGGUAUUCGCAAGACUUCAGUGUUGCGUGCUUGUAGUUUGUAAGUCUAUUAGACAAGACGUACUUGGUGAACACCUUGUGGGCGUCGGUGUGCGGGGCCCAGAUUAGAAUACAUCUUUAUGAAGCUACGCUGAACAAUACAGAAUGCAAAUGCAACACAAUAGACAAUAUCUUUUUUCUCUAGAAAACAGUUAGGUGGGGUGCUAUAGAGCAUUUAAAAAAAAAAAAAAGCACUCUCUCAUAUUAGCCUUUGAUUCAUGCAUAGUUCAAGUUGUUCCUUGAUGAACGAAUUGCAGGCUUUUGCGCCAGCUUUCGAACUUGUGGAAAACUCGAUAUUAAGAAGUCUUCUUUUACAUUGUAAGACAAACAAAAGGUUUUGUUAACUUAAAACACCGAACUCUUCUAGCGAGCUACUUACAUGUUUUCUUGCCUUUUGUGCUACUCUCUCUAUUGCAUGUACAAAUGUGUUCGGUACUGGGUACUUGGCACUAUCUCAGUUACCUGCUUAUAGUCUCAAUUGCCAAGAUGUUUUACCAAGACAGCUGUUUGUGUGUGCAUCAUUCUUUUGUUGCUUUUCGAGGGGGGUGGAUGGAAUUUUAAUGUUCUCCAUGAUCUUUCAUGAUUGAGGUCGGUCUAUUUGGCCAUCGUAACGACAGAAAGGGUGACUUAAAUGAAUCUUCUUGCUUCUUAUAGUGUAGUUUUUAUGAACUUGCACCUCCUGUAACAUAUGUCUAGUGACUUCAAGGAUUUAGCUAAAUCCCUCACAUUUUCAGUUCUACCGGGUUCGUUGUAACAUCUGGUUAUCAGCUUUCAGCGCAUUAAGAAGUUUUUUGUGUUUAAUUCCUAGUGGUGUUCUUUUUUUUUAAUUCACUUUGCAAAAGAAAUACAUAAGGGGGCAGAAGACUGAAUUUUCGUUGCACUGUCAACACUGUUCCUGUCCACCACUAAAAUGCUCUGCAUCUCUCGUCAAAAGCUAAACCUGAGGCCUUAGUUUAAAAUACCAAACUGUUCCAACUGCCGAGACCUAACCGUCCUUCGUUUCUCAGCUGGUAUAAAGAAAAGGAUAAAGGGUUGAUCUGUAUUAUAAACUGCUUUACUUGUUGGCACUUUUUUCACAUAUUUAUCCCACAAACAUUUUCUCAACCAUACAGAGAUAUUCUUGGCCCACAAAAGUUUGUUAUGGUAAUGUUGACAGGUGUUUGUUGUUGAGUUCUGUGCUGCCAAGGAAGGAGUUUAGUCUAGUGGCUGUUUUCAAUACUUCAGAGGUUUAACUUGCUAUGUGUGCCCGCUUUGUACUUUUCUUGGGUUGGUCAAUGGCGCAAAAGUGACGUGUAAGCAAAGCGCAUUUAGUCUUGAGGGGUGUUGCCACAGUUCUUUGGGGGGGGGGGGCGGGUGUCUUUGGUGUUGUUCAUUUUAAAUUUUGUCACCAUCCAUUCACAAAGCACCUUUUUUAAUCAGUCGGUCACAUAGUUCCUACAACAGAUGCUUUUGAGUGAAGUCCUCACUCUGAUUAGUGCCAAGCUGCAUAGCGUUGACUCUUGUAUGAAUGUGACGUUCGAGCUAAUCUGGCAUAACUGUCGGAGCUGAGCGAAUCUCUGCAAAAAAGGAGUGCUGUCACAGGUAUUUAGCAGGAUUUUUAAAACUAUUGGUUAACGUUUAGUAGCAUUUACAGUAAUGCGCAGAUUAACUCGAUAUAACGCAAGCAUUGCGUUACGGCAUGCAUCUAAAUCAUGUUGGCUCAGAUUUUUUGCUUUUUUUUUUUUUCACAUGAAAAAAGCUGACAUGCUACACUGCAUUUCAGAGACCUUAUUUAUGUUGCCAGCUUCAAAAGCACACUAUAAUCUAAAUUGCACCCUUAAAUGUUGCAUCAAUUUUGGGCAAGCUGUCCACUUGUCAGGCACAGUAUUAUUGAACAGAACUUAGGCAUGAUUUCUGUGAUGCACUGCUUGCUACGUUACACACUUGGAAGGUGCUGGUGUGGGGCUUUAACCAAAAAAUUUACAACCACAAUCGCUUUAAUAGCGAUUCCUUUUCAACCAGCCUUUUUUCGAUAUGGCUGGAUAGAUACAGACUGUUACCUUUUUUGUAAGCUGAAGUGGUGCAGCCUGAAGAUUCAUGGGGAGUUUCUCCCUUUUUUGUUAGAAACUCUCUCGUUGGCAAAGGGUGGAUGAAGAAACCCAUAUGAAAUGGUAGAUGUGAAUCCUAUAUUCUGUAAGUAACUAUUCCAACGCCGUCGUUAACUGUGGCACGAUUUGAAGCAUGCUCUGUAGUGCCUCACACUUGGCACUGGUUAUGCUCUUGGCAAACAAUCGAUAUUGCACAUCCCUUGUUUUAAGUAGUCUAUUACUGAACAUGCGUCUUCACUAGCCUUGUUCCAACACUCAUUUGUUCUCGUACUUUUUUCAAACUGCGCCUCCGCAGUCUGUGGUCUGGGCUAUCUGUCACGGGAUGCUCGAGAUUCGGGGUGCGAGUCGGUAAUGCAUACCACGUCGAGGCAGCAGCCACUGAACCUGUGUGACCGAGCAAGGAAACUAUUUGUUGCCCUUUUCGUUGUUUUUCCCCUCUUUCUACUUCUACAAUUUAAGGGCACUUUGCUACAUUGUUCUAAACAUUUUUCUCCUUAUUUUGUAUCAAAAUAAAACAUGGCAGACUUGAGUCGUAAAAACUUC